AUGAAGCAAAUUGAGGACCAGAAGUUCCAAACUGUUUGCAAAUUCAACAAGUUCCAGUUCUUGAAAAGGACUUUGCUGUUUGUCUUCUCAGUCUCUCUAAUUACUUUGUUUAUUUGCUAUAAUUCAGGCUUCUGCUUCUUUCCUUAUUUCUACAAUGUCUACUUCUCCACAUUCUUUUUCUCCCUAUUCACCCACACAAUUGAAAGGAAGUACAUGUUUCUCAUUUGUAAUGGAAUACUUGCUAUUCUAGCCAAAAGCGCAGUUUCUUGCAGCUCUUCAUGUACUGGGAAUGAUAUUAGAUCACUGGAGAAUGUUGCCCUUGUAGCUAAGAGAGAAGAAGUAGCUGAAGCUGAAAGAGUAGAAGAACAGGAAGAUGGGUCUUCAAAUACAGAGAAAGAAGAAAGAGAGAGUGAAGCUUUUCCUGCAGAAGAUGAAGGGAUAGAGGAAGAAGAGAAUGGGGUUGUGUUGAGGACAGAUGGUGAAGAAGAACUUGCAGCAGCUGCAGUAAAUGAAGAAUUUCCUAGUACAGAUGAAUUAAACAAAAAAUUUGAAGAAUUCAUAAGGAAAAUGAAGGAAGAAAUCAGGAUUGGAGCUCAACAACAACUAAUUGCAGUCUGA